GGCGGCGGUGACGCGCUGCUCGUGUGAUUGAGGACGGUCAGCCAGUGAGCGCAGAGACUGGUUCCACUCCGGGCAGGGGGAGCGCCGGGCUCGGCCCUGCUCCCUGGGCCGCGGAGCUUGCAGUCUCACCUCCGUCUGAAUCGACCUUUCCUUUCUAUCGCCGACUCCCUCCCUGUCUUCCCCCAGCCUUCUCCGCAGAGGCCAUGGAGGACGAGGAGAGACAGAAGAAGCUGGAGGCCGGCAAAGCGAAGCUUGCCCAGUUUCGACAAAGGAAAGCUCAAUCUGAUGGGCAGAAUCUUUCUAAGAAGCAGAAAAAAAAGAAGAAAACUUCAAGCAGUAAACAUGAUGUGUCAGCAUACCAAGCUUUGAAUAUUGAGCAAUCACAGAAUGACGAGAUGUACGUAAAUAGUUCUCAGAGAGUAGGAUCAGCUGUGACUCCUGAAUCCACAAUAAUGAGAAACCUACAUGGUGGAGAAAUGAUCAGACAUGACCACGUUUUCUCUGUUGAACUGGAAAGUGAAAUUUCAACCACAGCAGAUGAUUAUAGUUCAGAGGUAAAUGGUUGCAGUUUUGUGAUGAGAACAGAAAAGCCUACAGAUUUGUUAAGGGAAGAAGAAUUUGGUGUUGAUGAUGAUUCUUCUGAACAUGGAGCACAGUUCAGUCAGACCCAUGUGGAGAUGGAGAAUGAAUUGGCUGGGAAACAGCAUGAGAUUGAAGAGCUAAACAGAGAACUAGAAGAAAUGAGGGCCACCUAUGGGACUGAAGGACUGCAGCAGUUACAAGAAUUUGAAGCUGCCAUUAAACAAAGAGAUGGCAUCAUAACCCAGCUCACUGCUAAUUUACAACAAGCAAGAAGAGAAAAGGAUGAGACAAUGAGAGAAUUUUUAGAGUUGACAGAACAAAGUCAAAAGUUACAGAUUCAAUUCCAACAUUUACAGGCUAGUGAAACUCUGAGAAACAGCACUCACAGUAACACAGCUGCAGAUUUACUACAAGCCAAACAGCAGAUCCUCACUCAUCAGCAACAGCUGGAGGAACAAGACCAUCUCUUAGAAGAUUAUCAAAAAAAGAAAGAAGACUUCAAAAUGCAAAUUAGUUUCUUACAAGAGAAAAUUAAAACAUAUGAAAUGGAACAAGACAAAAAGGUGGAAAGCUCAAAUAAAGAAAUACAGGAAAAGGAGGCGAUCAUUGAAAAAUUAAAUACAAAAAUAACUGAAGAAGAAAAGAGAACGCUUGAGCUAAAGGAUAAAGUAACAGCUGCUGAUAAAUUACUAGAAGAAUUGCAAGAACAUGUUUUACAAAAGAACCAAGAGAUAAAAAAUAUGAAAUUAGAGCUGACUAAUUCCAAGCAAAAAGAAAGACAGUGUUCUGAGGAAAUAAAACAAUUAAUGGGGACAGUUGAAGAACUUCAGAAGAAAAAUCAUAAAGACAGCCAAUUUGAAACUGAUAUCCUACAAAGAAUGGAACAAGAAACACAAAGGAAGUUAGAACAACUCCGGGCAGAGCUGGAUGAGAUGUAUGGGCAGCAGAUAGUGCAGAUGAAACAAGAGCUAAUAAAACAACACCUGUCACAGGUAGAUGAACUUAAAACACGACAUAAGGGAGAAAUGGAGAAUGCUUUAAGAUCAUAUCCAAAUAUUACAGUCAGUGAAGAUCAAAUAAAGUUAAUGAAUAUGGCAAUAAAUGAACUGAAUAUAAAAUUGCAAGAUACUAACUCUCAAAAGGAAAAACUCAAGGAAGAACUUGGAGUAAUUUCAGGAGAAAAGUCUGCUCUACAGAGACAGCUUGAAGACCUUUUUGAAGAAUUGAGCUUUUCAAGGGACCAAAUUCAGAGAGCUAGACAGACAAUAGCUGAACAAGAAAGUAAACUCAAUGAAGCAUAUAAGUCCCUUAGUACAGUUGAAGAUUUGAAAGCUGAGAUUGUUUCUGCAUCCGAAUCCAGGAAGGAACUAGAAUUAAAACAUGAAGCAGAAGUUACAAAUUAUAAGAUAAAACUUGAAAUGUUAGAAAGAGAAAAGAAUGCUGUGUUAGACAGAAUGGCUGAAUCACAAGAAGCUGAAUUAGAGAGGCUGAGGACACAGCUUCUGUUUAGUCAUGAAGAAGAACUUUCCAAACUGAAGGCAGAUUUAGAAAUUGAACAUCGAAUCAAUGUUGAAAAACUUAAAGAUAACUUAGGUAUUCACUAUAAACAGCAGAUAGAUGGCUUACGGAAUGAAAUGAGUCAAAAGAUAGAAACUAUACAGUUUGAAAAAGACAAUUUGAUAACUAAGCAGAAUCAAUUAAUUUUGGAAAUUUCAAAGCUAAAAGAUUUACAGCAGUCCCUUGUGAAUUCAAAAUCAGAGGAAAUGACUCUUCAAAUCAGUGAACUUCAAAAAGAAAUUGAAAUACUCAGACAAGAAGAAAAGGAAAAGGGUACACUUGAACAAGAAGUUCAAGAAUUACAACUUAAAACUGAAUUAUUGGAGAAACAAAUGAAGGAAAAAGAGGAUGAUCUUCAAGAAAAAUUUGCACAACUUGAAGCAGAGAAUAGCAUUCUUAAAGAUGAAAAGAAAGCCCUUGAAGACAUGUUGAAAAUAUAUACUCCUGUUAACCCAGAAGAAGGAUUAAUUUUCAUAGACUCCAUUAAGUCCAAAUCCAAAGACUGUAGCUGGCAAAAAGAAAUAGAAAUACUUACGGAGGAAAAUGAGGACCUCAAAAAACAAUGUAUUCAGCUAACUGAAGAGAUUGAAAAGCAAAGGAACACUUUUUCAUUUGCUGAAAAAAAUUUUGAAGUUAACUAUCAAGAAUUACAGGAGGAUUAUUCUUGCCUUCUCAAGGUAAAAACUGAUUUAGAAGACAGUAAAAAUAAACAAGAAAUAGAGUAUAAAAGUAAGCUUGAAGCACUUAGUGAAGAGCUUCAUCAUUUGCAAAGAAUAAAUCCAACUAUAGUAAAAGUGAAAAGGUCAGUCUUUGAUGAUGACAAAACUUUUAUAGCAGAACCAUUGGAAAUUGGUGAGGUUGUUGAGAAAGAUACAACCGAACUUAUGGAAAAACUCGAAGUAACCAAGCGAGAAAAAUUAGAACUGUCAGAGAGACUGUCUGAUCUUUCUGAACAAUUAAAACAGAAACAUAGUGAGAUUAGUUUUCUAAGUGAAGAAGUUAAAUCUUUAAAGCAAGAGAAGGAGCAAGUCUUAUUGCGAUGUAGGGAACUAGAAAUCAUAAUUAACCAUAAUAGGACAGAAAAUGUUAAUGUCUGUGAUGUUGAGUUAAGCUCUUUAAGAGAUGGAGUUGUGACAACGACAAGCAGAGAUUCUGGAAUUUCUAAAAUAAAUAAAAGUUUUGGUGAAGAAUCAAAAAUAAUGAAGGAAGAUAAAAUUUCUUUUGAAAAUAUGACUGUUGGAAAAGAAAGCAAGCAAGAACAGUUGGUUUUGAAUCACUUGCCAUCAGUGACAAAUGAAUCAUUGCCUGGGACAGUUGAACCAAGUGAAAAUGAUAAACUUCAGCAGGAACUCAGUGUACUUAAGUCUGAACAGAAUGAUUUAAGGCUACAGAUGGAAGCUCAACGUAUAUGCCUCUCUCUGGUUUAUUCAACUCAUGUGGAUCAGGUUCGUGAAUACAUGGAAAAUGAAAAAGAUAAAGCCCUUUGCAGUCUUAAAGAGGAGCUUAUUUCUGCUCAAGAGGAAAAGAUCGAAGAACUUCAGAAAAUGCACCAGCUAGAGCUACAGAAUAUAAAAACACAAGAAACAGGUGAUGAAGUGAAGCCUUUACAAAUGCUCAUUGGAAAGCUUCGCAAGGCAGUGUCUGAAGAAUGUUCUUGUUUUACACAGACUUUUUGCAAUGUACUUGGUGAACAUUAUACUCCUGCUUUAAAAUGUGAAGUAAAUGUAGAAGAGAGGGGGAAUUCUGGUGUUCACACUUCUGAAAAUCAAGAACUAGAAUUGCAAGAUUAUAGAUAUGAAGUUCAAGACUUUCUCGACUUUCAAGAAAAUAUGCAAACUCUUCUCAACAAAGUAACAGAAGAAUACAACAGACUCUUGGUACUUCGGACACGAUUAAGUAAGAUUCAGGAACAGCAGACAGAUGGUAUGAAACUUGAAUUUGCAGAAGAAAACCUACCAAAUGAGGAAACAGAAUUUUUAUCAACCCGUUCUCAGAUAACCAGUUUGCAAGACAUUGAUGUCAGUCAUAAAAGCAAGUUAUCUACUCUGCAAGAUAUCGAAAAAAUUAAACAACUUGAAGGACAAGUUCAAGAAUUAGAAAACCUCAUAUCCUCUUUGCAGCAACAAUUGAAAGAAACUGAAGAAAACUAUGGAGCAGAGAUCCAUUGUUUGCAGGAAAGGCUUCAAGCUGUUAGUGAGUCCACAGUUCAGCCAAGCUUCUCUAUUGAUUCAGUGGUAAUUACUGAAUCUGAUGUACAGGAAACAAUAUACCCUGGAAGCUGUCUAAAAGAGAACAUUGAUGGUACAAUAGAGUUUUCUGGUGAAUCUGGAGUGAAGCAGGAAACAAAUAUGGUUACGUUGCUGGAAAAACAAUACCAAGAACGAUUAGAAGAAGAAGUAGCUAAGGUCAUUGUGUCAAUGAGUAUAGCAUUUGCUCAACAAACUGAACUAUCUAGACUAUCUGGGGAAAAAGAAGAGACUACAUCAUCAAAACAAAUACAUACUCUCUGUCAGCAAGAAAAACAACAUUAUUUAAAUAAAAUGAAAUUAUCACAGGGUCAGCUUGGUUUUCAGACUUUGGAGGCAACAGACAUGAAAUUUAAAGAAGAAUUUAAACCACUUAGUAAAGAGUUAGGAGAAGAUGGAAAGGAAGUUCUCUUAUCAAAUAAUGAUAAUCUUGACGAUAUACUAGAAUCAAAGGACCAUGAACUGACUAUUUCAGAAGAAAUGUUCUCCAAAGAUAAAACAUUUAUAGCCAGAGAAUCUAUCCGUGAUGAGAUUUUGGUAGCAAGCAUGGAUGCUUCUAGACAGCUAAUGUUAAAUGAAGAACAGUUGGAAGAUAUGAGGCAGGAACUCGUACGACAAUACGAAGAACAUCAACAGGCAACAGAACUGUUAAGGCAGGCACACAUGCGCCAGAUGGAGAGACAACGAGAAGACCAGGAACAGCUACAAGAAGAGAUUAAGAGACUGAAUAAACAAUUAGCCCAGGCACUGGAAAAGUGGCUACAAGAUUGUUUGUUUUUUUUUUUAAUCAUUCCAUUCACCAUACAUGGCAAAAGCACUUUGACAAUUUUGGAAAUUCUUUGUGCUGAGGUGCAACUGAUAUUCAGUUUUCCCAUAUUCAUUUAUAGUUUUAGAUCCUCAAUAGAUAAUGAAAACCUGGUUUCAGAAAGAGAGAGGGUGCUUUUAGAGGAGCUGGAAGCACUAAAGCAGCUGUCUCUAGCUGGAAGAGAGAAGCUGUGUUGUGAGCUGCGCAACAGCAGUACGCAAACACAGAACGGAGAUGAAAACCAAAGGGAAGUUGAGGAACAGACCUUUAAAGAAAAAGAAUUAGACAGAAAACCUGAAAAUGUGCCUCCUGAUAUUCUGUCUAAUGAAAGAUAUGCACUCCAGAAAGCUAAUAACAGACUUCUGAAGAUCCUCUUAGAAGUUGUAAAGACAACAGCAGCUGUUGAAGAAACAAUUGGUCGCCAUGUACUUGGUAUUCUAGAUAGAUCUAGUAAAGGCCAGUCAUCUGCCAGCUUGAUUUGGAGGUCAGAAGCAGAGGCACCUAUAAAGUCAGGUGUCCAUGAGGAACACGCAGGAGGUACUAAUGAAUGUAUACCUUCUUGUUCUGGAAGUGAUGUGCCAAGAAAUGACAGUAGUAUGUGGUCAAAAGUAACUGAGGAAGGAACAGAGCUGUCACAACGGCUUGUGAGGAGUGGUUUCGCUGGAACUGAAAUAGACCCUGAAAACGAAGAACUUAUGCUGAAUAUUAGCUCUCGACUACAAGCAGCAGUUGAAAAACUCCUAGAAGCCAUAAGUGAAACUAGUAGUCAGCUCGAACAUGCGAAAGUUACACAGACAGAGUUGGUGCGUGAGUCAUUUAGACAGAAACAAGAAGCGACCGAGUCCCUUAAGUGCCAAGAAGAACUGCGAGAGCGCCUUCAUGAGGAGUCCAGGGCCAGAGAACAGCUGGCUGUGGAGCUCAGUAAGGCUGAGGGUGUCAUUGAUGGCUAUGCAGAUGAAAAAACUCUUUUUGAAAGGCAAAUUCAGGAAAAAACUGAUAUAAUAGAUCGUCUUGAGCAGGAAUUGUUAUGUGCAGGUAGUAGAUUACAAGAAUUGGAAGCAGAGCAACAGCAGAUUCAAGAAGAAAGAGAGUUACUGUCCAGACAGAAGGAGGCUAUGAAAGCAGAGGCAGGCCCAGUUGAACAGCAAUUAUUACAAGAGACAGAAAAACUAAUGAAGGAAAAGCUAGAAGUACAGUGUCAAGCUGAAAAAGUAUGUGAUGACCUUCAAAAACAAGUGAAAGCUCUAGAAAUAGAUGUCGAGGAACAAGUCAGUAGGUUUAUAGAGCUGGAACAAGAAAAAAAUGCCGAACUAAUGGAUUUAAGACAGCAAAACCAAGCAUUGGAAAAACAGUUAGAAAAAAUGAGAAAAUUUUUAGAUGAGCAAGCCAUUGAUAGAGAACAUGAGAGAGAUGUAUUCCAACAGGAAAUACAGAAACUAGAGCAGCAACUUAAGGUUGUACCUCGAUUCCAGCCUAUCAAUGAACAUCAAACCAGAGAGGUUGAACAGUUAACAAAUCAUCUGAAAGAAAAAACAGACAAGUGCAGUGAGCUUUUGCUCUCUAAAGAGCAGCUUCAGAGGGAUGUACAAGAACGGAAUGAAGAAAUUGAGAAACUGGAGUUCAGAGUAAGGGAACUAGAGCAAGCCUUACUCCUUAGUGCAGACACUCUUCAAAAGGUAGAGGACCGAAAACAGUUUGGAGCUGUAGAAGCUAAAGCAGAAUUGUCCCUAGAAGUACAAUUGCAGGCUGAGCGAGAUGCCAUAGACAGAAAGGAAAAAGAGAUCACAAACUUAGAAGAACAGUUAGAGCAGUUCAGAGAAGAACUGGAAAAUAAGAAUGAAGAAGUUCAGCAACUACAUAUGCAAUUAGAAAUACAGAAAAAGGAAUCUACUACCCGCCUACAAGAACUUGAACAAGAAAACAAAUUAUUUAAGGAUGAAAUGAAGAAACUAGGAUUUGCCAUAAAGGAGUUUGAUGCUAUCUCUACUCAGGACCAACAUGUAGUAUUUGGGAAAUUUGCUCAAAUAAUGCAGGAAAAAGAGGUAGAAAUUGACCGAUUGAAUGAGCAGAUUGCAAAACUUCAGCAUCAACUUAAAAUUACAACAGAUAACAAGGUUAUUGAAGAAAAAAAUGAACUGAUAAGGGAUCUUGAAACCCAAAUAGAAUGUUUAAUGAGUGAUCAAGAGCAUGUGAAGAAAAAUAGAGAAGAAGAAAUAGAGCAGUUCAAUGAAGUGAUUGAAAAACUUCAACAGGAAUUGGCAAAUAUUGAACAGAAGACAUCAGUGGAUACCAGUUCUCUCCCAGAAGAAGCAGAUAGUUUAAAACAUCAGUUGGAGAUGGUAAUAGCUGAAAAACUGGCUUUGGAACAGCAAGUAGAAACCACUAAUGAAGAAAUGGCCCUUACGAAAAAGGUGCUUAAAGAAACCACUUUUAAAAUGAACCAGCUAACACAAGAAUUAUGCAUCUUAAAGAGAGAACGUGAAAAUAUGGAAAAAAUCCAGAGUGUACCAGAAAAAAAUGUUAACGUGGCCAUAGAUGAUCUGAGCAAAAACAAACCUGAGCUAGAAGUAGUCCUUACUGAGGAUGCUCUUAAACCCCUAGAAAAUCAGACUUACCUCAAAUCUUUUGAAGAAAACAGCAAAGUGUCCAUAAGCAGUUUGGAAACAAAGGUGCUACAACUUGAGGGCACUGUGAGUGCAAAGGACUUAGAACUUACCCAGUGUUAUAAACAAAUAAAGGACAUACAAGAGCAAGGCCAGUCUGAAACAGACAUGCUUAAGAAGAAGAUUGUAAACCUGCAGUAUAUACUUGAGGAAAAAGUUGCUGCUGCUCUGGUGAGUCAAGUCCAACUUGAAGCAGUUAAGGAAUAUGCAAAAUUCUGUCAAAAUAAACAAGCAAUUUCAUUAGAAUCUGAAAAAACAAAUAUACAGAAUUUAAGUCAACUAACAGAAAACGAGACGGAGUCAAAUGUGUCAGCAUUAACCUUGAGAAUAUCAGAAUUAGAAAGCCAGGUGGUUGAAAUGCAGACUACUUUGAUUUUAGAAAAAGAACAGGUAGAAAUUGCAGAGAAAAAUGCUUUGGAAAAAGAAAAGAAGCUACUAGAACUACAGAAGCUAUUGGAGGACAAUGAGAAAAAACAGGGAGGGAAAGAAAGGAAAAGCCCUCAAGGAGAUUUUGAAGUUCUCAAGACAAGUACUGAAUUAAUUCCUACCAAUGAAGAAAGUGGAUUUUUUGGUCAACUUGAGGCUCUUAGAGCUGAGUCAGCAGCUACCAAAGAAGAACUUGCCAGUUAUAAAGAGAAGGCAGAAAAGCUUCAAGAAGAACUUUUGGUAAAAGAAACUUAUAUAGCAUUUCUCCAGAAAGAUUUAAUCCAAGUUAGGGAUCAACUCACAGAGGCAGAAGAGAAAUUAUCCUACUUCUCAGAAAAAGAAGAUAAGACUGAGGUACAAGAAGACAGGAAGGUCUGCAUAUUAGAGCCACUUCCUAUUAAAGUGGGUAAAAGCUCUGCAUCCCAGACAGAGGGGACUGUCAAAGUCAAUAACAGCAAUCAGACUCCACAAAUUCUUGUUAGAAAUGUAGGAAUCCAAAUUGAUUUAUGGAAUGAAUGUUCAUCAGAAGAAGUCACUGAAAUAAUCAGUCAGUUUACUGAAAAAAUCGAGCAGAUGCAAGAACUACAUGCUGCUGAAAUUUUGGACAUGGAAUCCAGACAUAUUUCAGAAACUGAAACCUUAAAGAGGGAACACUAUGUUGCUGUUCAGUUACUGACGGAGGAAUGUGGUACCCUGAAGGCAGUGAUACAGUGUCUGAGAUCUAAAGAGGGAUCCUCAGUUCCUGAAUUAAUACAUUCUGAUGCUUACCAAACUAGAGAAAUAUGUUCCAGUGAUUCUGGAUCAGACUGGGGUCAGGGAAUUUAUCUUACACAAAGUCAGGGAUUUGACACAGCAUCAGAAGGCCAAGGAGAAGAAGGUGAAAGUUCAACAGAUUUAUUUCCAAAGAAAAUAAAGGGAUUGCUGAGAGCUGUCCAUAAUGAAGGUAUGCAGGUACUCUCUCUUACCGAGUCUCCCUAUAGUGAUGGAGAGGACCAUUCUGUUCAGCAAGUUUCAGAAUCUUGGCUAGAAGAGAGAAGAGCUUACCUCAGUACAAUCUCAUCUCUUAAGGAUGUAAUUACCAAAAUGCAAGUGCAAAGAGAAGCCAAGGUUUAUGAUAGUUCUCAAUCUCACGAGAGCUUCUCAGACUGGCGAGGUGAACUUCUACUUGCCCUUCAGCAAGUUUUCUUAAAGGAGCGCAGUGUUUUAAUAGCUGCAUUUCAGACUGAGCUAACAGCUCUAGGUACUAGAGAUGCAGUUGGAUUAUUAAACUGUUUGGAACAGAGGAUACAAGAACAGGGUGUUGAGUAUCGAGCAGCUAUGGAAUGCCUCCAGAAAGCAGAUAGAAGGAGUUUAUUAUCUGAAAUUCAAGCACUGCAUGCUCAAAUGAAUGGUAGGAAAAGAGAACAAGAGAAUGAUCAACCAAGCCAAGAACUCUUGGAAUAUAAUAUGCAGCAGAAGCAGUCUCAAAUGCUGGAGAUGCAAGUGGAGCUCAGUAGUGUGAAAGACAAAGCAACAGAAUUACAAGAACAGCUGAGUUCUGAGAAAAUGGUGGUUGCUGAACUGAAGAGUGAACUUGCACAAACUAGGUUGGAACUCGAAACAACACUCAAAGCACAGCAUAAGCACCUAAAGGAAUUAGAGGCAUUCAGGUUGGAAGUUAAAGACAAAACAGAUGAAGUACAUUUGCUUAAUGACACAUUAGCAAGUGAACAGAAAAAGUCCAGAGAGCUCCAGUGGGCUUUGGAGAAAGAGAAAGCCAAACUGGGACGCAGUGAAGAGUGGGAUAAAGAAGAACUUGAGGAUCUGAAAUUUUCACUUGAGAGUCAGAAACAAAGAAAUAUUCAGCUAAAUCUACUUUUGGAACAACAGAAACAACUACUAAACGAAUCACAGCAGAAAAUAGAAUCACAAAGAGUGCUACAUGAUGCCCAAUUAUCAGAAGAACGAGGUCGAAACUUAGAGCUUCAAGUACUUCUUGAAUCCGAGAAAGUUCGAAUUCGGGAAAUGAGUAAUACCCUGGAUAGGGAGCGGGAAUUGCAUGCACAGCUGCAGAGCAGUGAUGAUGGUGGGCAGCCUCGGCCCUCCUUACCCUCUGAGGACCUCCUUAAGGAGCUACAGAAACAGCUAGAGGAGAAACACAGUCGCAUAGUAGAAUUGUUAACUGAGACUGAGAAAUAUAAACUGGAUUCUUUGCAAGCAAGACAGCAAAUGGAAAAGGAUAGGCAGGUUCACAGGAAGACAUUACAGACAGAGCAAGAGGCCAACACUGAGGGGCAGAAGAAAAUGCACGAGCUCCAGUCCAAAGUGGAAGAUCUUCAGCGUCAGCUGGAAGAGAAAAGGCAACAAGUUUAUAAGUUAGACCUUGAAGGAAAGCGACUGCAAGGAAUUAUGCAGGAAUUCCAGAAGCAAGAACUAGAACGGGAAGAAAAACGAGAAAGUAGAAGAAUGCUGUGUCAAAAUCUUAAUGAGCCAACCACGUGGAGUUUAACCAGUGAUCGAACUAGAAAUUGGGUUCUUCAACAGAAAAUAGAAGGAGAGACAAAGGAAUCAAGCUAUCCUAAACUGAUUGAAAUGAAUGGAGGAGGAACUGGCUAUAAUCAGGAAUUAGAAAUGAUCAGACAAAAGCUUCAACAUGUGACUUCAAAACUACAGCAUCUAGCCCAGAAAGCCUCCAACAGACUACAGUUUGAAACAGCAGAUGAUGAAGAUUUCAUUUGGGUUCAGGAAAAUAUUGAUGGGAUUAUUUUACAAGUACAAAAAUUAACUGGCCAGCCAGGCGAAGAGUCUAGCUUAGUGUCCCCAAGUACUUCUUGUGGCUCAUUGACUGAAAGACUACUGAGACAAAAUGCUGAGCUGACAGGACAUAUCAGCCAACUGACCGAAGAAAAGAAUGACUUAAGAAACAUGGUUAUGAAGCUGGAAGAGCAGGUCAGGUGGUAUCGGCAGACAGGAGCUGGCAGAGAUCAUAGACUUGUUCUUAAAAAUCUUGUAAGUAGGCUCUGGUCUAUACAGUCUUCUAGGUUUUCAUUCAGUGGUGGCGCCGACAUUGAAGCCAUCAUUGCUUCCGAAAAAGAAGUCUGGAACAGAGAAAAGUUGACUCUCCAAAAAUCCUUGAAAAGGGCAGAAGCUGAAGUGUACAAACUGAAAGCUGAACUAAGAAAUGAAGCUUUACUUCAGAAUCUGAGCCCUGAUUCUGAGCAUGCCACCAUAAAGAGAAUAUAUGGUAAAUACCUGAGAGCAGAAAGUUUUCGGAAAGCUCUCAUUUAUCAGAAGAAAUACCUGCUGCUGUUACUGGGUGGAUUCCAGGAAUGUGAAGAUGCCACCCUGGCUCUGCUUGCCCGGAUGGGGGGGCAGCCAGCCUUCACAGAUCUGGAGGUGAUCACCAACCGUCCGAAGGGCUUCACCAGGUUUCGGUCGGCUGUCAGAGUGUCCAUGGCAAUUUCGAGAAUGAAAUUUUUGGUUCGACGAUGGCAUCGAGUCACAAGUUCUGGUUCCAUCAACAUUAACAGGGAUGGCUUUGGACUGAAUCCAGGUACAUUUUGGAUUACUUUAGGUGCUGAAAAGACUGACCCGUUUUAUAAUUCUUCUGGUGGGCUGGAGCUGUAUGGAGAACCGAGACACACUACAUAUCGCUCAAGAUCAGACCUGGACUAUCCUAGGUCUCCUGUACCAUUUCAAAAUAGGUACCCAGGCCCUCCAGCUGAUUUAAAUCCUGGUUCCUUAGCAUGUUCUCAGCUUCAGAAUUAUGAUCCUGACAGAGCCCUGACAGAUUAUAUCACUCGGCUAGAGGCACUGCAAAGACGACUUGGAACUGUACAGUCAGCAGAUUGAUUAGACGAACUUCACAAUGAGCAUCAACGUGCAAAGUACUCUGAGGGUUACAGGUUCUGCUGGAGAACAUGUUCCUAAGUAAUACAUGGUGAGGCCUGCAAAUAAGGGGUGUGGAGAUGAGAGGAGGAAGCAAGUACUUUAUGCACUUAAUGCAGCCAUUAUCCCUGCUAGAACUUUGUGCUUUUAUGUAUGCUCCAAGAAACCAUCCCAUUCAAAAGACUUUUUAAGAAUGAUCUUUUAUUUUUCUCUGCUCAAAAACACACAAAAAAUUUCAUACUUAAUAAGUGGAUUCCGUGUUCAUUGUGGGAAAACCUCUUUUCCCCGUCUCCCUUUAAUUCACUCUUCAUUCAAAGGUUUUGAAUUAUUUUAAUUUAAGGUGCUUUAAGUCAACUUUUAUGUUUUGUUUUUACUUUUGUUAAAGACCCUUUUUCUACUAUUCCCACAAACUAGAUAUGGCUAAUAGCAGGUUAUUUUGUUAGUAGUUUAUCCCUUCAUGUAAGAAAUCAGCUAACCUAGGCAACUUAUAGUCACAGGAAACUUGUAUCAUCAUAGC